AUGAAGGUUCUUCCUCUCUUCCCACUUUUCUCUGCAACGCUAUGUCUUGCAACGGCCAUUCCCUCCCAGCCAGCUGUCUGUGGCCCCGACGAGGCGGUCAUAUUCUUGAGCAAUGGCACCACAACAACCGUCAAGAAGGCUGAGUUGGCCUCGCACCUGCAAGGCCUGACCUUCCUUUCCCCGGAGGCAACCGAUAGCGCCUUUCCACGGCUGAUCAAAUCCAAGGCAUCCCCAUCCGACAUCACGAAGCGCGGAUCAGGCACGGAGCUCAUCAUCCCGCUCCCUGAUCUCGACUUCCUCGGAUGGGAUGUGGCCAUGUCGACCAUCGUGCACGCCAACCAGGCCGCCGCCACGGUGGCCAUCCAGGCUGGUCAGUCGAUCGCCAAUAGCAUCACCACAGGCACGUCGGCCGACUUCACUCUCGUCAAGGACUUCCUGUCUGCGUCCACCAGCAUCAGCUACCAGGAGACAACAACCAGCACGGUGACUGGCACGGUCACCAUGACCAUCCCAGCCAACAAGUGGGGAGCGAUCGUGAGCAACCCUUUGACCCAUCGAAAAAGAGGCUAUGUCUUCACUGGCCAGCCGGGGAGCGGGCAAUUCGAGUAUUACCAGGCCGAUUCCUUCAACGACGCGAGCUUCAACCUUGAGGGAGGGACGCUGUCUUGGGUUAAGGGAGUGGUGACGACUUGCCUGGGUGAGACUUAUCCGUUGGCGCGAUGCGUGGGUGAUGGUAGUCUGGAGUGA